AUGAAAAUUAUUUUUUUUAUCAAAAAAUUUUUUAUUUUGCACUUAUUUAUUUUCAUUUUAAAGAAAUAUAUAAAGAAAAGCAACUAUGAUUUUUCUUUAUUUAUAUACACUUUGAAAAUAAAUAGUUCUCAAAAUACAGAUAAUACAAAUGGUGAACUAAAUAAAAAUGAUUGGAAAGAUAAUAAUGAAUAUAAAUAUAUUAAAUUAAACUCUUCCUUUAAUGUGACUGAUAAUAAUCAAAACGUUAACGAAAGAAAAGCGAAGAAGAGUGAUUUAAAUGAUCCUACUGAUAAUUACUUAAAAAAAUUUGUAUUUUCAAAUGAUGAUAAUCUAAGUGAUGAUGAACAUAGUACAAAAAAAUAUGACAAUGAAAAUAAUGUAGAGAAAAAAACUUUAAUAGAUGAAAAGAUACCGAUAAUUUAUACAUCUAUAGAUGAUAUUAAAAGAUUUCCUGAAAUAAGAGGAAAAUUAAAAAUAAUUUAUGUUAAGUCUUUUUACGAUCAAUACCUGAAAGAAUUAUAUGAAGCAAAAUUUCAAUUUUAUCACAACAAUGUAAUUUAUGUAACAACCUUUGCAGUAGUGAGAAAUGCUAUAGAAGAAAAUUUCAAUCAAACAGAUAGAUGGCUAGUAGCAGAUAUGAAAGUAUUACAAAAAAAUAAUUAUAAUAUUUCAAUUACGUGUAAUGAUAAAAUUAAAAGUUUUCAUGGAACUAUUUCAUUUACUAAAGAAGAAUUAGAGAAUUUUGAAAUAUUGAGAAAAUCUCUUAAAAAUAAAGUAAAUAUAACUUAUGAUAAAUCUUUUUAUAAUUUAAAUACAUUUUACAGCUCUAAGAGAAAAUAUUUAGAUUAUAUAAAUUUUAAAUAUAAGAAAUCUGAUAUUAAAAAAACAUUUGAUACAGAAGGCGAUUAUGCUUAUUUAAAAAAUAGAAAAUAUAGAUAUAAAUCUUUAAAACAUUUAAGUAAUGAUAAAAUAAAAUUUGCAACUUUUAGUAGAAUUCAUAGUAAUUAUAAGACAAUUUGUGAUCUUAAAGAAGGUAAAAAAAUUGAAGAUAGAUUUAUUAUAUAUAAUUUAUUAAAAGAUAAUGUAAUAGAGUUAGAAGAAGAUGAAGACACUAUUAUUUUUGAAACUAGUGAAAAUAAAAUUUUUACAUAUGAUCCAAAAUAUUCUAAAGAGAUAAAAAUUUUAAGUAAUAAUUUUGAGAUAGAAUUAUUAAUGGAUGAAAAUGCCUUUUUAAACUCUCACAAUGAAUAUUUUUAUUUAAAUAAGCAUAAUCCUAUACACUUAGAAUUGCAAGAUAAAGGUAUUUUUAGUUUUAAAUUUAUUUAUUCAUGGUUAUUUAAAUAUUUUGUUAACAAUAAGGAACAUAUAAAUUAUUAUCCUCAUUUUUACAUGAUGAAGAACUCAGAUAAUAGUGAAAUAGGAUUAGAUAAGGUAAAGUUUUAUACUCUUGAAAAUUAUUCAUUCAUAGAAAAAGGCCAAAAAAUUACCAAUAUUUUUACACACAAAAAUGAGAAUGAUUCAUUGAGAAAUAUUUCAAAUAUAAUUGAAAACAAAUCAGAGUUAAUGCGAAAAAAAAAUAUGAAAUAUGAUCAAAAAAACAGUUUGUUUACAAUUGAAAAUCAUUAUGAAAAUCUUGGUAUUUUUGAUAAUAAAUAUGACAAGAUAAAAAAGGGAGAAUCUGCAAAAUACAUAAAUAAUAGCACUGCAACAUCUUUUACUCAAUUAAAUGCAAAGUUAAAUAAUGAAAAAACAGAAGACAAUAAUAAUGAAAGUAAUAAAGGAGGUGAUGAUGAAUAUUAUGAUGCUGUUGAAUAUUUAGAUAAUAAUAAUCCUAAUGAAAACAAUAGUUCUAAUACUAAUAAAAGGCAUGUUGAGAAUGAUGAUAAUGAAAAUGAUGAAUAUUUUGAUAGUUUUGAAGAUCUUGAUAAUGAUAAUAAUUCUCAGAAUAAUGGUGAUAAUGAUAAUAAUUCUCAGAAUAAUGGUGGUAAUGAUAAUAAUUAUGAGAAUAAUGAUGGUAAUGAUAAUAAUUCUCAGAAUAAUGGUGGUAAUGAUAAUAAUUAUGAGAACAAUGAUGGUAAUGAUAACAAUUAUGAGAAUAAUGAUGGUAAUGAUAACAAUUAUGAGAACAAUGAUGGUAAUGAUAAUAAUUAUGAGAAUAAUGAUGGUAAUGAUAACAAUUAUGAGAAUAAUGAUGGUAAUGAUAACAAUUAUGAGAAUAAUGAUGGUAAUGAUAACAAUUAUGAGAAUAAUGAUGGUAAUGAUAACAAUUAUGAGAAUAAUGAUGGUAAUGAUAACAAUUAUGAGAAUAAUGAUGGUAAUGAUAACAAUUAUGAGAANAAUUAUGAGAACAAUGAUGGUAAUGAUAACAAUUAUGAGAACAAUGAUGGUAAUGAUAACAAUUAUGAGAACAAUGAUGGUAAUGAUAACAAUUAUGAGAACAAUGAUGGUAAUGAUAACAAUUAUGAGAACAAUGAUGGUAAUGAUAAUAAUUAUGAGAACAAUGAUGGUAAUGAUAACAAUUAUGAGAACAAUGAUGGUAAUGAUAAUAAUUAUGAGAAUAAUGAUGGUAAUGAUAAUAAUUAUGAGAACAAUGAUGGUAAUGAUAACAAUUAUGAGAAUAAUGAUGGUAAUGAUAACAAUUAUGAGAAUAAUGAUGGUAAUGAUAAUAAUUCUCAGAAUAAUGGUGAUAAUGAUAAUAAUUAUGAGAAUAAUGAUGGUAAUGAUAAUAAUUCUCAGAAUAAUGGUGAUAAUGAUAAUAAUUAUGAGAAUAAUGGUGGUAAUGAUGAUAAUUCUCAAAGCAUUAGUGGUAAUUCUGAGAACACUGAUGGUGAUGAUAAUAAUUCUGAGAACAGUGAGGAUAAUGAUGCAAGUAAAACAAAUGAUGAAACUUCAUAUAUUGGUAAUUUCCAAGGAUAUUUAAAAAAUAUUAUGAACAGAUUUUUUUAUGGAGAAGAUAAUGAAGAGAAUUCUAAAAAUGAAAAUGUAGAGAAAACAGUUGUUAAUAAUAAUAAUACUGAAUCAUCAGAGAAUGUUACUUCUGUUGAUAAGGAUUCUAAUAAUGAUAAUAAUACUUCAAAAGAUGCAAAUGUUUCAUCACAUCAACAAUUUCUAGAUAAUCAACAACCUCUACCAGAUCAGCAGUCUUCACCUCAUCAACCAUCUACAUCACAUCAAUAUGCUUCAUCUGUUGAGAAUUCUGAAUCAGAACAACAAUCUACAUUUGAUGAACAAUCUGAACCAGAUGAACAGCCUACAUCUGGAAAUUAUUCAUCUCCAUCUAAUGAAAGACACUUUCAAUUUGGUAGUAGUGCAACAAAUAUGGAUAAAAGUGCACACAGUACAUUUAUGUCGCCAAAAUAUCAUUCUGAUUUAGGAGCAUAUGAUUCUCAUUCAAAUAAUAAUAAUAUUCAUGAAAAUUUAAGAGAUAAAUUUAAUGAGAAUGAUCUGUAUUUAUAUACUUAUAAUGAUAUAUUAGCUGAAAAUUCUGAUAGAGUGAUUGUGGGAAUUGCUCAGAAAGAAAUGAAGGAUCAAUUCAUUUUAAAUUGGUUAAAUGGAAAUGAUAUUAUAUGUGUUCUUAGACCAGAACAUUAUAAACAAUUAUUUCAUGAUGAUGUAAAAAGUAAUUAUCUUACAGUAUUAAAUUCCUUUAAAUUUAGAAAUGAUAUGAAUGGUCCACCCAUAGAUAAAGAUUCUAAAUCAUUAACAGUAAAUGCUGAUUUUUAUCCUCAUUAUUCAAAGAUAAAGCUCUUUUUUUAUGACGAAAGUGAUAUUUUUCAGAAAGAAUUGAAAUCAUAUUUGCUAUUAAUAUAUUAUUUAUUAAAUUCUAAUAACAGUCCUUGUAAAGACUACAAAAACAUUAGAUAUUUUUAUAGUCAAGAUACUUUUAAUAUAUCUCAUUUAAAUUUUAUUAGUAAUAAGUUAUUAUUUUUAGCUUCUGAAUGCGCCUUAAAAAUUUUAAAGUGGAAUAUACCUAAAGGAAUAAUAAAAAGUAAUGAAAAUUAUAUAAACGCAUCAAUAUUUAAUAAGGCAUUAAAAUAUGUAAAUAAAAAGAUUUUUCAUUAUGGAUUUAAAUUAAAUAUAUUAGAACUAGUAGAUGCAGUGCAAUUUUCUAUUAAAAAUUACAAAACAUUAGAGAAUAAUUAUCAAGCAAAAUAUGAUAUUUUUUUAAAAUUAAUAUCUGAAUUAUUUUCUCUACAAUCUUUAGGUUUGCUUCAUGCAAAUAUAAAAGCAGAUAACUAUUUUAUUCAAAAGAAAAAUAAUAAGAAUAAAUACUUGGAUAUUUUAUUAGGAAAUUUUAGUGAUAUUAUAGAAGAAGGAAGUUAUGAAAAAGUAAAAGGAAGCCCUAUAUAUUUAGCCCCUGAAAAACUAGAUUCUUUUUUUUAUGCUAUUGUGCAUAAUUUAAAAAGUGAUAUAUUUUCAUUAGGGUUAAGUUUAUCCACUGUAUUUUUAAAAAAAAGUUUUUUUUUAAGAAAUAUAGAAAGUAAAUUAAAAUUUCCUAGUGAAAAAUAUACAAUAAGUCUCAUCAGGAGAAAUCCCAUGAUUUUAUUAUGGAUUAAAUCCGCAAAUCCUUUUAUAAAAAAAAGAUUUGAUAUUUUUAAAUUUAGAUCAUAUUUAAAAGUUACUAUACAUUCUAUGAAACAAAAACUUUCUAAAAAAUAUUUAUACAAUUGGUUCACAAAAAGAAAUAAGUAUAUUGAUUAUAUUAAAGAAAAUGAUUUUAAAAAGCUAUACAAUAGUAUUAAAAAUAAAAGACAAAUAUCAAAUAAAAAUUCUUUAAAUAAUAAAGAUACACAAGAAGAUAACUCCGAUAUAUGUUCAUUUUUUAGUAAUGAAAACGAAUUAGUGCCAAAUGAAAGUACUACCUCAAGGAGCCCUGUUACAGAUGAUAGCAACACAAAUAAUAAUGAAUUUUUUUCUAAUAAUUAUAGUGAAACAGUUGAUCAUAAUUCUAAAAGCUCUAAUGAAAAGACACAAGUUCCUAAGAGAAAAAACUUUUUACAACUUCUUCGUAGUCGUUUUAGUAAGUUUUCUAAUAAUUUUAAAAAAGGAUUAAAAAAACAUAAAAAAAUGGAAAAACCAAAUUUAAAUGAAAUGCCAUCUGAUAAUAAAUUUGAAAAGGAGAUAAUUACUUCAACUAAUGAAAAUGAUGAUGAAAAAUAUGCCAAUGCUUGUAAAGCUCUAAAAAAUGGAAUAAUAGGAACAUGUACUAAAAUAUUUUCGAUUGAAUAUGAAAAAUUUAGACCAGAUAUAUAUGAUAUGUAUUUCCUUGUUAAAAAGGAAUUAAAAUUUUUGAAAAAAGAAGAUGACAAAAUUAGUGAUGCAUUAUUUAUUUUAAGAAGUUUUCCUGAGCCAGAUAUAAGUUCAAUUUUAAAAGAAAAAAUAAAUCAAGAAUCCUAUGAAAUUAAAAAAAUGAUUAUUUUAAAAGCAUUAAUAUUUUACGGAUAUUUCGAAGUAUAUGAACGUUUAUCUUAUGAAUUUAAGUUGUAUGAAUCUGAAAACUUUCCUUUAUAUGAAAAAAAUGAAGAUACAUUUGAAAAAAUUGUAAUUAAUAGUAUGGACAGACAAGAUUAUAAUGAAUUGAGCAAUAUAUUAUUAAUUCAACACAUUUAUAAUCAUUAUCAGACUACAAAGGCGUUUUCUAAUUUAGUUAUCAAUUUGUACACUGUAAAUAAGGAAAGCUUUUAUUUAGAAACGAGUAAAAUAACCAAAUUAUUAAGAAAAAGAAUACGUAAAAUAUUGAGGAAAAUUGAUUAUACAAAAAUGCAAAAUUUUGUAUUUUACAUGAAGUCAAGAAGUUCCAUAAAAAAAAUUAUUUCAAAUAAAGAUAACUAUGAGUUCAACACUACCCCGAAGAUGAACUAUGAUUCAAUUUAUGUUGCAUCUAAUAAAAACGAAAUGGCUAUUUUGAGUUCCUUUAUUGUAAAAAUAGAUAAUUUUGUAGCUAAUGAUUUGAAAGUAAAUUUAGCAGUAAUACUUAAUCAUAUUUUUUGGAAUCUUAAAAAUAAAUGUAAAUGUAUUAAUUAUACCCAUAUGCAAGUUGAUUAUAAAAACAAAGAAAUGACAGAUUAUGCAAUUAAAGAUGCAAAAGUAGAUAUACAUAAACCAAUAGGAAAUAUUUUAAAAGAGUUAGAAUCAAGGAAACAUUCGAAUUCAACAAAUGAAAACAAAGUGGUAAAUUUAAAUAAUAAUUCAAAUCUUGUAAAUAUUCAUUUAGAUGUUGUACUUAGAAAUAGUCUAUUUGUAAAUGAAAGGAAAACAUUCCUUAAUUGUGGUAAGAAAUUUUCCAAAAAGGAAAUUGUUUAUACUCCUACUAUUUCAAGUGAGAGAAAAGAUGAAACUGUGAAAAUAAAAAUUGGUUUAGGGACUUCCCACUUUUUUUAUUUAUCUUUUCAUUUAUCAAUGAUAAAAUCACAAGAAAUAUUUUUAAAAGAUAUAAUAUAUUUUAUUUAUCAAAAUUAUAAAUCUGAAAUUAAGAAAUCUUUUUAUACCAAUAUAAAAGGAAAGAAAACUUUACCUUUUAAAUGUAUCUCGAUGAAUGAACAUAAUACUUUCUUUUACAACAAUGUUACAAAUAAUUUUAUUAAAGAAACUUCUUUUAAUAAAGUUCUUUCUGCUUUAUAUCAUAUAAACUUAACGGAUCCAUCUUAUGUAAUUAAAAGUUCUCUGAAUUAUUAUAAUAAUAGAAAAAAAAAUAGUGUUUUGCUUCGGUUAGUUACAGUCUCUAACGUGCUUUAUGAAAAAAAAGAUGCUAAUUCUAAACAAACAGAAUAUUUCUUAGAAUCAUCAAAUAAUGCGAAUGAAGAAUUUAAUAAAAAUAAAAGUUCAUUGGGAUUUAGAAUUUCUAAAGAAGAUGCUCAAAAAAUUAAAAAAAGUAAAAAUAAAAUAAGUAUGGUAAAUAAGGAUGUAGGUUUUUAUUAUAUGAGUGCUGACUGCUUAAAUUUUUUAAAUAAAAAAGUUAUAUCCUUUUAUAAUAAUAAUAAUACAACAAAUAUUUUUGAACAGAUAAUUAUUCCAUCAAAGUUUUUAUAUGUAGAAACAAAAAAAAAAUUAUUUAAAAAUGAAAAGAUACACACUACUAAAUCUAUAAAUUUUAAUAUUGUUUCUAAUAUAAUGAAUUUACAAAAAUAUCAAAAUGAAAUUUAUACGACAGCAGACUUUGUGAAAUUAAUAUUAAAAUGGAAAGAAUUAAAUGAACCCUAUGACAAAAAUUAUAAAUGUAAUUUUUUAACAUGUAAAAAUAAUAUGUUAAAUUAUGAUAUGAUAUUAAGUUAUACAACAAGUAAAGAAGUAAAACUUGUGCUAUAUAACAAUAAUGAAAACUUCUUAGAAUUUUUGUUUUCUCAUAUCUUAAAAGGUCACAAAGUAAAUAAAUAUACACCUCAAUUCUUAAUGUCUUAUAUUCAUUUAUAUAAUUUGAAAAUAUAUUUUGCUUUCAAAAAUGAGAUAAAAGAUAUUUUUCCUAAUUUAGAAAAUUCAUCCACAAAUAUGAAAAAGGAAGAAAACUUGAAAUUUGCCAAAUGCCUAAAAUCAUUGGAAGGAAAAAAUGUAACCUUACUUGGUCAAGAAAUCAAUGAAGAAUUGUAUGUACCUUUAAGAGUAAAAAUUUUUAAUAGGAAUCUCAUAUAUAGAAUAUCAAAACAAAAUUUUAAAAAAUUGAUAUUUAAAUUUAAAUUUUUUGAAGUACCAAAUGAUGAAAAACAAUUACAUUCUAAUAUUCUAUCUUCUUUAAGGGAAAUUGAAUUAAAAUUUAAAUAUUUAUUUUUAAAAGAUUUAAGUUAUUAUGUAAAUAUUUCAAAUAUAACAAGAAGUAAGAAAUUGUUUUUUGUAGACAUGAAUAAAAAUAUUUACAAAUAUUUAAAAGAAAAUGAUAUUUAUAAAAAUAAUUAUACCGUCAUUGUAGAAAAAUUGAUUAAUUAUAUGGAUAAUAAUCCUAUGGAGCACUUUUUCGUUAUUAAAAACAAAAUGAACUAUUUCAUGAAGAGAAAGAUACUCAAUGCUUUAAGGAGGAUUAUGUUUUCAUUAACUAACUAA